UCUUCGCAUGUUUGGUGCGGCUGAUAAUCUGAAACUAGCGGUAGCGGCUGAGUAUAUAAAACUCUGCGGCCGGACGCUGACGACCAUUUGCGGUAUCGAAGGUGAAAUAGUCGGUUGGUUCGACAUGGCUUUGAGUCCGACCGAUCCGAAUUCCUUCUCCAGGCCAGAUUUGGCAGUUGUUACCCACACUCACCUUGAUGUUAAAGUUGAUUUUACCAAAAAAAUAUUCGAUGGCAGUGCAGUUCUUGACAUUGAAAAGAAAGGAGAAACUGAGUUUCUGCUUUUGGAUGUACGAGGACUAGUUCUGUUAUCAAUUAUAAAUGUAAUUGAUGGUUCUAGACUUGAUUACUGUGUAGAAAAAGGUGUUGAUUAUGGAUCAAAACUUAGUGUACAGUUGCCAGAUACUCCCAUCGUAGAUGGUGACAAAAUAAAGUACAAGAUAAAGAUUGACUACCGAACAUCACAAGAUUCAACAGCGUUACAAUGGCUAUCACCAGAACAAACAGCUGGUGGGAAACAUCCAUACUUGUUUUCACAAUGCCAGGCCAUUCAUGCCCGAUCUAUGUUGCCAUGUCAAGAUACACCGUAUGUAAAGUCAACAUACUCUGCUGAGAUUAGAGCUCCAGCUGAAUUGAAUGUUUUGAUGUCUGCCAUUAAGGAUGGAAUAGAAGAAGUAGAUAAUUCAACAAAAGUUCACAAAUUUCAUCAACCUGUACCUAUUCCAUCAUAUUUAAUUGCAAUAGCUGUAGGUGCUUUAGUUUCUAAGCAAAUAGGUCCACGCACAAAGGUCUGGACAGAACAAGAAUUGCUUGAUAAGAGUGCUUAUGAGUUUGAAGAGACUGAAACUAUGCUGAAGACUGCUGAAGAAAUUUGUGGACCAUACGUAUGGGGCAUAUACGACUUGUUGAUCCUUCCUCCAAGCUUUCCAUUUGGUGGAAUGGAAAAUCCUUGCCUUACAUUUGUAACUCCAACUUUGUUAGCUGGUGAUCGUUCUUUAGCCAAUGUAGUUGCUCAUGAAAUAGCUCAUAGUUGGACAGGAAACUUGGUAACAAACGAGAAUUUCGAACAUUUCUGGUUAAAUGAAGGUUUUACAGUAUUUGUAGAAAGAAAAAUUGGUGGAAGGAUGUAUGGUGACAAAGUUAGACAUUUCAGUGCACUGAUGGGUUUGCAAUCGCUAAAAGAUACGAUAAAAACUCUUGGAGACAAAAAUCCACUUACAAAUCUAGUAACGAAUUUGAUUGGUGUUGAUCCAGAUGAUGCAUUUUCAACAGUGCCAUAUGAAAAAGGUCAUACUUUUCUGUUUUAUUUGGAAGAAUUACUUGGAGGGCCUAAAGAGUUUGAGCCAUUUUUAAGAAGUUAUUUGGAUACAUUUAAGUACAAAAGCCUAAACACCACGCAAUGGAAAGAAUAUUUAUAUAAAUAUUUUGCAAAUAAAACUGAGAUUCUAAAUACAGUUAAUUGGGAUGCUUGGUUUAAUAAACCAGGUGAACCACCUGUGAUUCCAAAAUAUGAUACUACUCUAGCCAACGAAUAUUUGGCCUUAGCUGCUAAAUGGAUUGAAGAUGAUGCGCCUACGACCUUUAGCAAGAAUGAUCUAAACAGUUGGACAUCGAAUCAAAAAGAAGCUUUCUUAUCCGAAUUAGUAUUAAAUAAUAAAACACUGUCAAUUGACCAAAUGAAAUUGAUGAAUGAGCUCUAUGGCUUCGAUUCUGUGCACAAUUCCGAGAUUCGUUUCCAAUGGUUACGACUAAGCUUGAAAUCUCGAUGGGAAUCUAAGGUAGAUGAAGCUUUAGAUUUUGCAACAUCACAGGGUAGACUCAAGUUUGUAAGACCAAUCUUUAGAGAUGUAUAUGCUUGGGAAGCAAUGCGUCAACGUGCAAUCGAUACCUACUUAAAACACAAAGAUAAGAUGAUGUACGUUACACGAGAAAUGGUAGCUAAAGACUUACAUCUAGUAACAGAGAAGAAAAGGAAUUAGGUACAAUAACAGUUAAUGCAGAUUUUAGAGACCUUCCAAUUUAUACAUAGCUUUUUAGCUAAUUGUACAAAACACGCGAUUAUAUACUGUCUUUAUACAUUUUAUAACAAUGAAAUUGUAUGUUGCAUUUAGAAAAAAAAAACAAAGUAAAGUGGCUUUGAUAAAAAUUA